GUAAGAAUUCAGGCUGAAGAUACCAUCGACAUGUAGCCAGGGGCUAAGACUCAUGAUCGGUAUUUUUCACGGCAGACAGAGCGCCAACCGAGCCCGUCGUUACAUCGAACAAGCUUGUCUCUUGAUCCGACAGACAUUCCAAAAUCACGGAACAACCCAAUUUGCAUAGGAAGUGCGCAAUCUACUCUAAACAAGAGGCGUUGUGGGGUACAUCCUUUUCAUGCGGACCCAAACCAGGGUUUCAACCGCCCCAGACACGGCAUGGGAUUGGCCAAAGCGCCGCACGGCAUCAAUCAUCGCGGGGCCCCGCACGGCAGGAUGGGAGAUCGGCAUGGACACCGCUCGGGAGAUGGGAUUAGGCUAAAGGAAGGGGGAGCUCUUGACUGGGACGACGACACCACGGAGGAGGAUGGUGAUGAAAGUCCUGGCGUCAAGUAUAAAGAUCAGUCUCUUCCCAACUUUGAACUCGACUCUUUCACCUCACCACCAGUCCUAUCAUCCUCAAGUCAAGAAACUUAUUUCAAAAUGGUCUCCUUCAAGUCCCUCCUCACAGCCACCCUGGCUACCGGCGCCGCUGCCGUCCCCUUCAACGCCACCGAGGUCUUUGAAUCCCUCCAGGCCCGGGCUGGGACACCCUCCUCCACCGGCAAUCACAACGGCUACUACUACUCCUUCUGGACCGACAACGGCGGCACCGUCAACUAUCAAAACGGCAACGGUGGCUCCUACUCGGUCAACUGGCAAAACUGCGGCAACUUUGUCGGUGGCAAGGGAUGGAACCCGGGCAACUCCAACCGCGUGAUCAACUACUCUGGACAAUUCAACCCCCAGGGCAACGGCUACCUCGCCAUCUACGGCUGGACGCGCAACCCUUUGAUCGAGUACUACAUCAUUGAGAGCUUUGGCACCUACGACCCCAGCUCGGGGGCGACCAGGCUGGGCACCUUCAACACUGACGGCGGUACCUACACCAUUGCCAAGAGCACGCGGUACAACCAGCCCAGCAUUGAGGGGACCAAGACGUUUGAUCAGUUUUGGAGCGUGAGGACUUCGAAGAGGGUUGGUGGGAGUGUCAAUGUUGGGAACCACUUCAAGGCGUGGGCGGAUAAGGGGUUGAGGUUGGGGAGCCAUGAUUACCAGAUUGUGGCUACCGAGGGGUAUCAGAGUUCGGGGUCGGCUUCGAUCACUGUUUCUUAG